UUAAAUGACGUUUGAUUAAUAUUUUUGUCCCAGAAACCAGCAAAAAACAGUAAGAAAUGACAUAAAAUCGGUUCUGGGACACAGUUAGUGUUUUAAUUCCUUUCCAGUCGUCAAUAUUUGGACUUUUAGAUGGCUAAGGAACAGACUAAUAUAAAAUGUUGCAUCCCCUGUUGCAGGGAUGUAAAUCAAUUAAGACACGUGGCUUAUUAUGCAGUAAGGCCCCAAUGGCUGAAUACAAUAUUGACUUAUUUAAACUCCAUCCAAAAAAAUACAAAUAUAAUGCGACUGCGGUCUGAGUUUAUUUGUAGCCGCCAUUAUAAUUUGUCCGGGAUUAGGGAUUAUUCAGACAGGAGUAUAGUCUACUUCCCCUUUUUGCGAAUUUCGGUUAAUAGAGUCCGCGAGAGGUUGGCUGCGGUUAAAAAAGUCCGCAAUAUUUGUGAUGAAUGGAAAGUAUACACGAGUGACGAACUUGUAGUGGCCCGAGAGGAGGUUUAUCCCAUUUCUCCCGUCAAACCACUCUGUAUUAAAGAGAAAAAAAUAAAUCCGCCGAAAUUCAAACCGGAUUGUUAUGACCACAAUUACGCCCUUACUCUCGAUUACGUCGAGUAUCUCAAAGACAGCCACGAAAAGCUGUUGCAAGAAAACCAGGAAUUUAGGAAACGCCACAUUGAGACGCUGACAGACCACAACGAAGAGAUCAAGCGUCUCAAGGCCAUCAAUCACGACCUCCUUUCCAAGCUGUUCCGCAGCCCGCCUAAAACCGGCUCUAGUUUAAAAAGCAUUCUCGAGAACGAGGAUUCCCUCAAAUUCUACACGGGGUUCCCCAGUCGGGACUCUUUCUUCAAAUUCCUGGACCAAGUCCGGACGACGUAUCUCUCGUCGGAUUUUCGUCACCAAUUCAACAUGGACGAACAGGUCAUAUUAGUGCUCACUCGGCUGCGCCUCGGCUUGCAACUCCAGGAUUUGGCACACAGAUGUAACAUUUCUCUCAUACAAGUUCAUAAAAUUUGCUCGUUUUGGUUCAAACUUCUGGUGGAUUUGUUCCCGGGGAAGCCGGGGGCGAAUAACCGGGUGAUUAUUCAAUGUUUCGAGACUUUUUUUGAAGCGGAGGGAGGGAAAAAAUUGUAUGGGAGAACUAAGGCUUUGAUUGAGAUUUCGCCAGAUGGAUACAUCGAGAAUUUAUCGAAUUUGUUUGCAACACAUGUUAGCGAUAAAGACAUUAUCGAAACGUGUCAAAAGAGCAAAAUUUGUAAUUGCGAAGCCUUGAAUAAGGCCAAGGCUGCGCGAAUUGAUCUCCAAGUACACAUCCAACGCAUUGUGGGAUGUCUUAAAGGUUUUCAAAUCUUGAAAGGGACUUUCCCGACAAUGAUUUGUAGUUUAGAACAGUUGAAUAAGUACUGGAGGAUUUGUUGUUUUCUAGUUAACUAUUUAGAUCCACCCGAAAUUGUGGUGUAAAGUAAUACAUUUGUUACAGAUAUUUUUUAUUUGAAAAAAAAUUGUUAUUACAAAGUUAA